AUGUUGCAUCUGUCUGGGAACACAUUCGACAAUGACUCGGAUGAAGAACCUUUCAUUGAAUCAGUUGCAAUUCCAGGGCCAAAUGCAUCAAAGGGAGACCUCGUAGAGGCACUUAAGGCACUGCAGGUUCAGGUUCAGAAGCUUGUCGAGGACAAUUAUACUCUUCAUGAGGAGAACAAAGUUCUGAUCACUGAGAAGCCCAAACGAAAAUGUCGUGUGGAAGCACCUGAUGAACUUGUGGCCCAUGAGCAAACAAUAAUACUUUAUGCUCGUAAAUACGGCCUGACUGCUGAAAUGUUCCCUAAUCCCGACCUUCUCAGCAAACCACAUCCUGAGAACCCAACUUCAUUUGACAGCCGAGACCAGUACCUGACAGCAAUGACACAGGAAUCAGCAUUCUUGAAUGAACUAUUUCAUCACUUCCCCGAUCAUGUACACAGCGCCAUGGAAAGUUUGUAUUUCAGUGAUCUCAUAAGUAUUGUAAUGAAAUCCAUUUCUGAGGCUCGCUCAUCAGAGAUCAACAAGCUGUGUGGUGUCACUGGUGAUAUAUUUGGCCUUCCAGGGAUGUACUUCGCCAAUACCAACUACUGCAGAGCUGAUGUCACGGAAAUACGGGACAUGCUUGGAGUGUCGGCGACAAAUCCAAAGUACAAGACUUUUCCACCGGUAUUGUUUCUUGGAAUGCAGGAAGACUUGUCUUUGAAGACUGUGUUCAGAAACUGGGAGCUUUUGGCUAAGGUUCUGAAGGCUGCACUACGUGGCGUCACUUCACUUCAUCAAGAGACAAGCGGCGGACCAAAGACAAACACACGCAAAUGGAACUUAGAACAGGUCACACCAGGGUCCAUUGCAUGGGCCACCGUUAUUGCAAUCUUUCUGCUGUCGCCUGACAUGGAAUUUCAGAAGUCUGGCUUGGGAAAGUCAUCUGGCAUCAACUACAAAGAUCUAUUCUACCACUAUAAGAAGCUCUUGCUCACAAAGUGGGAUAGCCAUCGCAUCCAGACCAUUGUUCAAAACAUCAACCGCGAAGUUUUCGGCUCUGCAAAGUCUUCUGCCUCUGGCCCAGCUGGUCAGGAAGAUCACUCCAGUGAAAUCAUUCACACCAUGAGCGUGCUGGACAUGGAUAACAAUAGUGAAUCAGAUGUACCUAUGCCAUCUUCUACAGCACAAGCUGCCACUGCCUCUCAGUCUGAUGUUAUCGAGGCAGCACAGCCUCCAGAACAUUUUGUCACCUCACCUCUCAGUGCUGCUUCUAGUCCCAGUAGCGCUUCCACCCUCAGCACUGCUUCCAGAAAGCAUGCCAAAGUACCUGUAACGACGGGCCUAGAAGCCACUACUACUGUGGUCAUGGUGCAGGAUUCAGAUGUGGGACCUGGUCCAUAG